AGAAGCCAAGCACACGAAAUUCCAAUUUCACCGAACUUAUAUAAGUACCGACACCGCUACAGAAACUUAAGUCACUCCUCCUCCUCCCCAUGAGCUGGACCAGAGGCCGGACCGUCGGCCGCGGGUCCUUCGCCGCCGUCUCGGUCGCGGCGGCUCACGGGUCCGGCGAGCUCUUCGCCGUCAAGUCGGCCCUGGUCUCCAGCUCGGGCACCCUCCGGGGGGAGCAGGCGAUCCUCUCCGCGUUGGACUGUCCUCACGUCGUGGCGUACCGAGGCUGGGACGUCACUCGCGAGGAGGGCGAGCGGGUGUACAACCUGUUCAUGGAGUACGCCCCCCGCGGCACGCUGGCCGACGAAGCCCGCGAGCGUGGGGGCCGCCUCGAGGAGACUGCGGUCCGGUCGCGGGCGCUGGAGAUCCUCCGCGGGCUCGAGUACAUCCACCGCAGGGGCAUUGUCCAUUGCGACAUCAAGGGCCAGAACAUCUUGGUCACUAGCGAGGGGACUAAGAUUGCCGACUUUGGCCUAGCCCGUCGAGUCGACGACGUGGCGGCCGGGCCGGUUGGUGGGACGCCGCUCUUCAUGGCGCCGGAGGUGGCUCGCGGAGGACAGCCGGGAUUCGCGGCCGACGUGUGGUCCCUCGGGUGCACGGUCCUCGAAAUCGCGACCGGGCGGCCGCCAUGGAUGGACGUGGCUGACCCCAUAUCCGCCAUCCAUCGAAUCGGGUUCUCCGCCGAGUCGCCGGAGAUUCCGGGCUUCCUGUCGGAGCAAUGCAGGGACUUUCUGAGCAAGUGCCUGAGAAGAGACCCGUCGGAGAGGUGGUCAGCCAGCGACCUCCUUGGCCACGCUUUUCUCGAAGACGAAGCUCCCGACUUCCUCUUGGAGGAAAUUGAACUCAAAAUCCCAAACACCGGAUCACCGACCAGCGUGUUGGAGCAAGCGAUCUGGCCGUCAACUGAAGAUCCAGAGCCCUGUCAAGCCCUGCUUCAGAGAAGUGCUCUGAACUGUCCUCCGAGCGAGAGAAUCCAGCAACUGAUAGGCCAAUGGAGCGCGAAUUCGACCUCUCCUCCUCAAAUGCCGAAUUGGGAAGGGGAUGAGAGUUGGGUCGCGGUCAGAAGCAGCGAAUCGAGAGAAGAAGCACCAGAAACCAGUGGCAGAGCAAAUGCCAACGAAGAAGAAGAAGACGGGGUGGUGGUGGCUUCUUGCAGAUAUGGAGAUCUAGAGAAUAGCUCUGAUUGGGAGCGAGAGGAAGAAGAUGAUUCGACUCUCUGUGGAUGUAAUCUUCUUGGUUCGUGUGAAAUUACGAAAUUCGUGAAAAUUGGAUUAGAAAUUGCAGAUUGUCCAUAUAGGCUUUCUCUUUCCUCCUUCAUGCUUGUUCUUUGCCAAAAAAGCCACCUUGGGAACCUCUUGCAGUUGCCGUCUCUUCACUUGACAUGCUCAGUUGUGUGUGUGUAG